CAUAAUCGUGGAUUUAAGACUAACAUAGGGAUGAUGGUUGAUAAAGAUUCUAUGUCAAGGGAUAGACCCAUUUUGGAUAUGAUGCUCCACAAAGAUGGUGAUGGUGGUUUUGUCACUGGAGGCUGGAAAAGCGAAGAUGGAAGACUUAGCUGUGGGUUUUCAAGCUUUAGGGGGAUGAGAGUGACCAUGGAGGAUUUCUAUGAUAUUAAGACAUCAAAGAUUAACGGUCAAUCAGUACGCUUAUUUGGAAUAUUUGAUGGUCAUGGUGGUUCUCGUGCUGCUGAGUAUUUGAAGGAGCAUCUCUUUGAUAAUCUCACGAAGCAUCCAAAGUUUUUGACGGAUACCAAAUUGGCUAUAAGUGAAACAUAUCAGCAGACUGAUGCUGACUUUCUGGCUUCUGAAAAUGAUACUUUCGGGGAUGAUGGUUCUACAGCUUCAACAGCAGUUUUGGUUGAUAACCAUCUUUACGUUGCUAAUGUUGGAGAUUCUAGAACUGUAAUAUCAAAAUCUGGAAAAGCAAUUGCUCUCUCUGAGGAUCAUAAGCCUAAUAGAAGUGAUGAGCGAAAGAGAAUUGAGAAUGCUGGGGGUGUCGUCAUGUGGACAGGUACUUGGAGGGUUGGAGGGGUGCUAGCAAUGUCUCGUGCCUUUGGCAAUCGUAUGCUGAAGCAGUUUGUUGUAGCAGAACCUGAGAUUCAGGACCAGGAGAUAGAGGAAGAAACCGAGCUGCUUAUUAUUGCAAGUGAUGGACUCUGGGAUGUAGUUCCCAAUGAAGAUGUUGUUUCUCUUGUCGGCACAGAAGAGGAGGUUGAGGAAGCUGCUCGAAAAUUAACUGAGGCUGCUUUUACUCUUGGUAGUGCAGAUAACAUUACGUGCAUUGUGGUGCGUUUCCAUCAUGAAAAAGCAUACUCAGCUAAUACUGAUAAAGCAGUUCCAGCUAGCUAG